AUGGACGCCUUAAAAGCAGAGAAGCCUGACUAUACUGCUUGGAGUCAAGAAGAGCUCAUAAAGCGAGUCACAUCUCUGGAGAAUGAACUCAAGCUCAAGAAUUCAAGUAUCCAAGCACCACUUACAGAAAGAAAAACCUGGAAGAAGCCACGCUCAGAACGAGCUUUUGAUCCUUCCAAAUACAGUACUCGCCUUAUAGCACUGAAGUUGGCCUAUUUGGGCAAAAGGUACAAUGGCUUCGAACAUCACACGGGCCACACCACGCCCUUGACGACUAUCGAAGAAGAGCUCUGGAAAGCCUUAAACAAGGGAAGACUAAUCUUUCCGCAAGGUAGUCAUCCAUUGAACCCUGGUGAAGUCAAUUGGGAAGGCUGUGAGUACAGCAAGUGUGGGAGGACUGACAGAGGAGUCAGUGCUUUCGGGCAGGUGAUUGGGAUUAGGGUCAGAAGUAAUAGACCGUUGGGGAAGAAGAAAGAGAGGGCAAAAGCACCAGCUACUGGAAAUGAACUCGACAAGUUGCUGGGGCAAGUCGAGGGACCUGGCGGGAUAGUCAACAACAAAGCGCCCGAAGAUGGCACGAAUGAGUUCAAUACGCUGCCAAGGAAAAAUUCUCUUGAAAUGGUUUCACCGCCCCUCGCGCCAUCGAGAACGCAAGGCGAAGAACAAGACGUAGAACCGGAGGACUUGGCGCUUGAUGACCCAGACUUCGAAGCAGCACUGAAUUUUGAUCCUAUCGCGGACGAGAUACCAUAUCCAUCUCUCCUAAAUCGUCUCCUUCCGCCGGACAUCAGGAUCUUAGCAUGGUGUCCAGCCCCACCAGCUGACUUCUCAGCACGAUUCUCGUGUCGAGAGAGACGCUACCGAUAUUUCUUCACUCAACCAGCCUUUCCACCAAUACCUCACCAUUUCGAGUUGGAGACUCCGAGCAAAAAGAGACAGCCAAAUGUUAAGGAUGGUUGGCUGGAUAUUGAUGCUAUGAGAACAGCAGCAAAACUGUUUGAGGGUCUUCACGAUUUUCGAAAUUUCUGCAAGGUGGAUCCGUCAAAGCAGAUCGCUAACUUUGAGAGGAGAAUCUUCUUUGCAGACAUUGAAGAAGUGGAUGAUUCUACCAAUGGGCUAAAUUUUGUCAACGGACCGGAAUUCGUACCAGUGGGCUCUGCAACGAGUGGUAGCCCCAAGGUCUACACAUUUACGCUGCACGGUUCUGCAUUUUUGUGGCAUCAGGUACGGUGUAUGGUUUCAAUUCUGUUCUUGGUUGGACAAGGACUUGAAAAACCUUCGAUCGUCUCGGAAUUGCUUCAUGUGGACAAGAAUCCAAGAAGACCUACAUAUGAGAUGGCGACCGACACUCCACUCGUACUAUGGGACUGUGUCUUCCCUCGAGAAGACGACCCAGAAAGAAAGGAUGCAAUGCAAUGGGUUUAUGUUGGUGAUGAACCAGGCAAAGGGGACACUAAGUACGGAACAUCAGGCCUAGUUGAUGAUCUUUGGAAAGUUUGGCGAGAAAGAAAGAUUGACGAGAUGCUGGCGGGAACACUUAUUGAUGUUGUAUCCAAGCAAGGAAGGCCAGUGCAGGACUUGACAGCGGGGAGGGCAAGCAAGGCAACGAAGAGCCAAAAGGUGUUUGAUGGUGGAGAUACGCCUAGGUUACAGGGAACCUACACGCCGGUGAUGAAGAAACAGUUGAUGGAGACUGUGGAUGUUAUCAAUGAGAAGUACGCUGUGAGGAAGAGAUUUGAGAAUGCGGAGGAUCUGAAGAAGCAAGGAUUCAGGCGCUUGAAUAGGCCCGAGAAGGAGAGUGAAGAGGCUUCUGUUAACGAAUGA